AUGGGGGCUGAUGGAGAGAAGGAUCGGCAGGCGCCGCCUCUCAAAGGCCGAUUGCUGGCGCGCCUUGCUGUGUUGAUCGUCCGCCACGCUGCGCUCGUCAGUUUUGUGUGCUGCGUUGCGGGGAUCGUGUCGCUGAUGCUCCUGCCAGUGCUCGCGAAGUCUGUCUAUGUCGACGAGAAUGCGCUGUUGCCAGGCUCGGCUCGAGCAACAUUCUCUCAUUAUGAUACCUUGAAGGCGCACGAUCUUGCUCGCGAGAUCCAAACGCUACUCUCGAGCAGCACUGAUCCUCAAAAAGAUUUUCGGAAGUGGCUGGGUGAUCGUUUGGAUGCUCUUGGAGCCGACUACUACUUUCAUUGUUUUUGUCCUCCAACCCGGUCCUUCUCCAUACUCGGGUUUCUCUCGACGUCAUAUACUUACGAGGCCAGGAAGCACUGCCUGGUCGAUGGACGCGAGCAAACUCCUGGUGUCAAUGCGGUUGGGAUACUCAGAGCUCAUCAAGGGGACGGCAACGAGGCCAUUGUGCUGGUUACACCCUUCGAGUUGGAGAAUCUUACGGCGGAGAACGCCAUCGCCAUGGGUUUAUCUCUGUCGCUACUAGAUCUUCUAAGUCGGACUCUUUGGCUGGCAAAAGACGUCGUUUGGGUUGCCGCGGACAGCAAGUAUGAGAAGUACACGGCAGUUGCUGCGUGGUUGAAAGAGUACCAUGAACCUUUGGUAUCAGAUUCUUCGUUCGAGGGGAUGCACUAUACACAGGAUGGUAACAGUUCCAGGGACAUUUUUUUCAAACGAGCAGGAAGCAUUACAGCCGGGUUUGUCUUGGAGUUUACUCGUGGUGCUGGUGCUACUAAAGUGAGUUCUUUGGAAAUCCACGCUGAAGGCUCAAACGGGCAGAUGCCGAACAUGGAUAUGAUCAGCGUCGUCAACCUGUUGGUCUCCUGGCGGCAACAGUUCCAUUUAACGCUUGAGGGUGUGCCGAGGAUCAAAGAUUGGCAGUGGCUAAGAAGUGUUGGAUACGUCUUUGAGGUUGUCGGGAGAAAAGCUGCUGAGCUUCGGAAGGCAUUUCUUUCUCAUGCUAAAGCGAGCUUCACUACAGCUGAGGACUACGUGAAUGGAGUUUCUGUUCUCUUGAGAUCCUGCUGGAACCAAAUGCUAGGAGUUCCAACAGGUUCUCAUGGAGCCUUUCGAGAUUUCCAACUCGAUGCUGUAACUUUGGAAGUGGUCUCUACAGAUCUGGAGCAUAAUAUGGACUUCUUGACGAACUUCGGAAGGCUGAUUGAAGGUGUUCUGCGAUCAGUAAACAACCUGCUUGAAAAGUUCCAUCAGUCUCUUUUCCUAUACAUCAUGGUCUCUCCCAACAAAUUCGUGUCCAUCAGUACCUACAUUAUCCCCUUCGGUCUCCUCCUCUCGAAUUUUCCCAUACAGGCAGCAGCGCUCUGCACUAGUGUCAAAGCUACGCCUGGCUCCUGGACUCAAGCAAUCCUUGUUGCUAUUCUCGUUGAGACAUGGUCCCUGGGGAACGCGAUCUGUCCAGCCAUUCUUUUCCAUCUAUUUUCUUCUGCUCCCACAAGGUUGGCUGUUUGGAUUCUCCUGUCCGGCUUGUGCCUUGCUCCGGUUUUUUGUCUUAGAUCUGAUGCACACGCUUCAGAUGAUUGGUACGUGCCACUAAAAUCCUUAACUCUGGGUCUAACCGGCAUUGCUCUGGGAAUCCUUUCCGCCGUAAACUUCUCCGUAGCUCUGGCCGGUGCAUUGCUUUUGGUUCCUAUGUGCCUUUCUGCUCAGCCUUUGAGUUCUUCUUGGAGAGCGCUCUGGAAGCCCAAGUCUGGAGUCAUUUCUCGCGUAAACGCGGUGCUUGCGCCCGCUCUUACGUGCUUUCCUCUACUUGUAGUUUUAACCAUACUGGCGAGAGAGUCAGCCGGUUUGUGGAGCUUCGUCGAGCUGAUGUGGUUUUGGGGAAGCGCCCUCUACGUGUCAGCUUUCGUGGUCUUUUUACCCUGUUCAAUCCUAUGCUUAUAUAUUUUCUUUUCGUGAACGAUUCAGAAGCCGCCGAAUUAGAAGGAGCAGCACUGCAUCCAAAUGUCCUACAAGGUGGAAGACAGGUCUCCUGGACCAGCUGCUUACAAUCCCAGUAUAAAACCGGUUGUCCGUUCUCCUCCGGCCUUCACCCUCGCUGCAAAGCGUCGACCACCUCCCAAUGAAGAUUGGAAGCUGGGACCAGGCAUGUACCAUCCAAGGCUCGGCCCAACGGGACCGGCUUUCAGCCUGAGCACGAAGGGGACUCCAAACCUGGACCUGGAGAAGAUGUGGAUGCUGGAACGCUCGCGACAUCCAUCUCCUCGAGGCAACACCAACGCAUGGACUCCUAGACGUUUUCUCCUGAGCGAGGUGACACCGGGGCCUGGCACUUACUCCCUUCCAAACAAGAACAGCGGGCCGGCCUUCACUGUGGCGUCCAAGCGGACCACCAAGCACGACACGGAUGCUCCGGGUCCAGGCACUUACUUCUACUCGGCAAGGCCGCAGAGUCCCUCGUUUACAAUGGCCAACAGGUUUCCUCCAUCGAGGACGUGUAACCCGGGACCUCGGACGGUCUAUGGCGACUUUUACAACACUCCAGGCCCUGCGCAGUAUAACCCGGACAGAGGCAAACGUGUUGCUGGCAGGAGCGGUCCGGCCUUCACAAUGACAGGGAAGUGGCACCGAGGACCGGAUAGCGGGCUUCCGGGGCCUGGAACUUACUUUCCUCCUCAGAACAACACAUUCGGUCAGGAUAUCGGGUGCCAGCAUGGGCGAAAACUACGUUCCAGGUAGUGUUUGGAAGAAGAACUGACACAAGCAUUUGAUUCCAGGGAGAAUUAAGUAACAGCAGGAUUGAAUAACUUGUUAACUUGUAGCACCAAAACUUGGGAGCUUAAGCCUAUUGGUUGGAACUCGUGGCUAGCCUUCGGAAUUCCACCUUGCCGGUAUAGCAUAAAUGUGGCUACCUGAAACACUCAUCCAGAGUGUGGUUCCUCGUGAAAA